AUGGAAGUAUUUGAUAAAGGUGAUGACCUCAACGACAGCAGCGAAGUAUUUGGGGAUGCGACUGAAGAUACUGGCUUGUAUAACUCUCGAAAUACGACAAUCGGAAAUAAAACUGUUAUUUCCCCACAUAACGGUCUGCCAGCAUGUGAAAUAAAUUCCGCGUAUAAAAAAGGCAACCUGACAAUAAACUACAAUGUGAGCCAGGGAGCGGCGUUUCUCCAGAACCCUCUCGUUGGUGUGGGGGGCUACUACAAACCUUCCAAAUGCCAGACGAGUCAAAGGAUUGCCAUCCUCGUUCCGUAUAGGCACCGUGAAGAGAAUUUGGCAAUAUUUCUGGCAAACAUUCACCAGUUCUUAAUCAACCAACAGAUCGAAUACCGAAUCUUCGUUAUCGAACAAAGUGGAACAGAAAAAUUCAACAAAGGCCGGGUGCUCAACGCCGGUUUCGACCAGAUCAAGGACUAUUGGGAGUGCUUCAUAUUCCAUGACGUGGACCUACUGCCGUUGGACCCUAGGAUCCUCUACACCUGCCCCAAGUAUCCGAGAUACAUGAGCACUAAGGUCUACGAAGGCGGCAAAGUCGUCAAGUUAACCGAAUUCUUUGGUGGUGUAACAGCAAUGAGGGACCACCAUUUCCUGGACGUGAACGGCUACUCCAAUAAGUUCUGGGGGUGGGGCGGCGAGGACAAUGACAUGUAUUGGAGGCUACGUAUGACGAAACUGCCUAUAAUGAAGUAUAAUAGGGACAUAGCGCGAUAUAUUAUGUUGCCACACGUCUCUCCAGAGAAGAAUCCGAAAAGAUAUGAAAUACUAAAUAGGUAUUCAAAAUCGCGAGCGGGCCUCAUAGAAGACGGGUUAUCGACACUAAGGUACACAGUUUCAUACAAGAAGCUGUAUCCUCUCUUCACACAUUUUGUAAUCGAUGUCAAUCCUUAUAAAGAUCCUGUUGAAUAA